UUUUUAACUCAUAAUGAUGAACAGAAGAAGUCUCAGUUGCCCACUAGCUGAGGGAGGGGGAAAUACCAGUUCUAUUAGGAAGGACUAUUAUAGAUCUAAAGCAGCUCAAACUAAUAGGCUUUAACUUUCCUAUCCACAAAAUCGAUAUACGAACUCUAAAAAUGCUGAACAAUGCUCGAAAGAUGAGAAACCAGAAGGUAAAGGAGAAAAAGAAGACUUUCUGAAAACCCAUAUUCAAAAAGACUCACAUAACUCAAAAGAGGUCAAUGACAAACCCUAAUUCAGCCCAGGUUUCUCCUUCCAAAUUCCACAUAAAAAUUGAGGAUACUAAAAACUCUGACGAUGGUAAAGACUUUUUUGAGAUUAAGAAGACCUGAAUUCCUCAGAGUACAAAGAUAAUACAGGAGAUCGACACAAAAUUUACCCCUAAAGCAGUGAGGCUCUCCCAAUUAAGACCUGAUAGUGAGUCUCAUUACCAAGAAGGCAGCCAAAAUUCAUAUCUCAAUAUGCCUCUUACGAUGAGAAUGAGCACUGGUGCGAAGAGCUUAGGCAAGGAAAAAAUGUUUCCGACCCUUACAAUCACCGGCCCAACACCUUUGACAGAAACCUCAAAGAAGCUACAAAGUAAAAUUUCGUUAAAAAGAUUCAAAAGCCUAAAGCAGAAGCCAUUUUGCAGAAAAUUUCUGAAUACUCGAAUUAAGGGCAAAUGAGAUAGACUUGGAAUUGACAAAUGAGAAAUAAACAAAGAUCUGAUGGACAAGUUUUUGAAUAAUAUGGUUGAGAACAUUUUCAUAAGGAGCAAACAGAAAAAGAAAGAGUUGAAUAAAGAUGGAUUGAAAUUAUAA